AUGAGUGAGUCAGAUUGUUCACACGACGGCGUUCGAGACGUACUCCAGGUUCUUCAAGUGAACAUCACCUUCAACAGCAGUCAGUGUCCACAAGUUCUUCAACCCAAAAUCGUGACCCAUUCUCAGUAUUUCUACUCUUAUUUCACUCCUGUCAUCCUCAUGAUAGGACUCACAGGGAAUCUUUUGUCCCUGCGCGUGUUUUUAUCCAAAAAUAUGCGUAAAUUGUCGGCUAGUACGUAUCUCGCCGCCUUAUCCACCUCUGACAUCUUGGCACUCAUUUUCUAUGUGUUAGUUGAUUGGUUAAAACGAGGAUUACCAGCCUUGAACCCUGACCUUCAAGUGACCUUUCUAGAGACUAACGUGACUUGUCAAGCGUUUCUGUACUUGUCCUAUCUGAGUCGCUUUUUAUCUGCUUGGUUCAUAGUGAGUUUCACAGCCGAGCGGUACAUAGGAGUGUGCUUACCCUUACAGCGGAAAAAUAUAUGUGGUAAGCGCUUUUCUCAAAAAAUUAUAUGCACGUUGGUCGUGUGUUCAGCUUGUAUAAUGAUGUACAAGCCUUUUUUAAGUGGAGUAUACCAAAUUAAUCACACGAAGGUGAAAAUGUGUACAAGGGAUCCAGAGUUAUCUUUUCCUGUGUUUAUUUUGGACAGCAUCUACGCAGUGCUAAUCACUUUUAUUCCAUUUAUAAUCAUCACAGUGCUAAACACUUUAAUUAUGCGGAAAUUAUUUUUACGGAACAAAAAGCACCGGUCGAUCAAAAUUAUUACGGAAGAAAGCAUCAUCAAAUUGGAAUUUACCAUUAUUUUGUUGGUGAUAUCGUUUGUGUUCAUUGCGUUAAAUUUGCCAUUUUUUUGUGUAUGGUGCCGUCAAUUUCUGCUGUCUGUUUCUGCAACCAUGAACGAACAUGCUCGCGAUUUUGACAAUAUGCACGGACUACUUCUCAUAACUCGUGUGAUUUUUUACCUGAACUAUUGCGUGAACUUUUUCUUGUACAGUGUGACAGGGGCGUAUUUUCGAAAAGAAUUGCGAAUUCUGUUUUUUUACAAAUCCCCGGCCAUGAAAGACUAUCGACGCUACAGCCACUACACGACAACGCCAAAUUCUUGGGUUUGA